CCAUGGUAAAGUUUCUGCUGCUGGCUUUGGCAUUUGGUCUGGCUCAUGCUUAUGCUGAGCUUGGAGGAAAGUGGCUUACCACUGCCAUCGCUGCUGACAAUGUUGACAAGAUAGAGAAAGAAGGACCUCUGAGACUCUAUGUUCGUGAAAUUACUUGUAGUGAAGCAUGUAGUCAAAUGGGAGUCACAUUUUAUGUCAAUGCGAAUGGCCAAUGUUCAGCGACCAAAGUCAUUGCUUAUAGGCAAGAAGAUGGCAAAUACAGAACCCAGUUUGAAGGUGACAACAGAUUUGAACCUGUGCAUGCAACACCAGAAAACAUAGUCUUUACCAGUAAGAAUGUGGAUAGAGCUGGCCAGACAACUAACCUGAUUUUUGUUGUUGGAAAAGGUAAACCUUUGAAUCCUGAACAAUAUGAAAAACUUGAAGAAUUUGCUAAGGAACAAAACAUUCCAAAAGAAAACAUUAGAGAAGUUCUGGCUACAGCCAUCAGGGAAAUAAAAUUGAAUCUCCUUAGAGAUUUUGUCUAUGAUGCAGGGAAAGGGCUGUACUUGAUCCUGGUUGGUGGGAGUGAAAAAUGGUUCAGCUGUGAUCAAAAUCAGUGGGGGAAAUGGCUGCACUUGGCCCUGGUUGGUGGAAGUGAAAACUGA